CUCGCCAUUGCCGCUCCCUUUGUAAUAAGGAGACUUACCACUGACCGACGACGAGGUCGCCGACACUUCCUCCUUCUCCUUCAUCUUCCCACAGGCCUCACUUUCCUCUCACCUGUAUUUUACUCUUUUGUCCCUUCCAACACUCGGACGCAUCUCCCAUCGGCGCACUGUCGCAUUUAUUGGUACCCACCGCCCUCGGAUAGGACCGCGUCUAUUCCAUUCUUCAAAGCCAGAUUCAACCCUUGAUUCCACCUUAGGUCACACGAGUCCCAACAUUACCUUCUCUGCUCCCUUCUCGACACACGCUUCACCAGCGCACCUGACGACAAGGUUUGUACCUGGCCUGGAAAAGCUGCGUCCUUUCCUGAAUCUUUGUGGGUGGAAGGAGCACUCAUGGCAAGCCCCGAUUCAAACAGCUGCGUUUGCCUGAGAAUCAUGGACAACCACGCCUAUAAGCUAUGAGAGAAGGCUUAUAACGAGAUUGGGAAACAAACAUGGAUUUCACACUCGCACUUACGCACUUCUGCGAAGCGCAUGGCCCUAAAUCAGUCCUCUGUACACAAGUCCUCCCGGUGCAAUGUUCCUUGUGUCUUCCACCGUCGCCAUCACUACGGGCCUGCUCCUCCUCCGAAUCCCUUACGACACAAGUCCACGAGACCCCCUUUGAAUCUACUCAAAAUGGCCACCCAUCGCCAAACCUCCGAAAGACUGACACCAACUUGACCUUACCAACCGACUUCUCCGGCGCUUCUACUAGCGUCGAUUCUGAGACCGAGCCGGACAGUCCCACGAUCGAAAAACAUCCAUUGUUCCGACAAAAGCGGGAAAGUAGCCUUCAGUGGCCAUAUGGAAGAGCCGAAGGCGACACCUGUGCCAGCUGUAGCUUCAGCGUGCCCAAGGCCGUGGCGGAGAAACUCCCAGUGGGCGCACCAGGUAGCAAGAUACCAAAUGGGAAGAAGGCUACCACAGCGCCAGUUCUGCGCUCGAGAGAAUUUGUCUGUCUACGGAGAAGACGAAGUAACGACCAUCACGACUCUAAACCCUCAUCGUACAGUUCUUCCUUUGCCUCCUCGCAGUCUCCGGCGCGAUCUAUUCCUCACUCGCAUUCCGACGACUGCCAUGACCAUACACUAACCUACUUGACUGCGAAAUCUCCCGACGAUCGCGAAAGCUAUGCGCAGUUGCGCGCAUCAGUUAUUCGGACUCUAUCUUGCGAGCUGCUCCCACGCGGCAUGUCGGAUGGACCUUUCUGCUUUGGCGACUCGAAUACGGGCUACACCAUUGCUUAUGUGUUCCGACUGACAGAUCCGAGGGCGCGUGGACGACGACGGGCAUAUGCCUUUGUUGCUCUCGCAGGGAAAGAUGCCAGCCGUGCAUUCCAAGCAUGUCCAAUGCUUUGGGAGGCGUUUGCUAGCAUGGCAAAAGGAAUUGAAGCCGCAGCGCAAAGACAUCAAGAAGAGCAACGACGGAAAGUAGAGGAACAAGCACAACUUGCCGACUCCAAAUCUUCAAGAAAUUAUACACCUGUGUCGUCGUUUCUGACGUCGCGUACGGUCGAUCCUGAUGGACACCCGCGGCGUGCAGGACAAGCUUCGCCACGCAGCUUAGCGGAGAUAGUCGGCGAUGAGAAUAUCUUUGCCUAUCUACAUCAAUACUUUGUUGCGAUCCUUCGAUGUCUUGGGGACCAAUUCGGAGGACUUCCACUGGCGGAAACACCUUCGGUUUAUCAGUCCGUCAGUGAUGAGUCGCCGCGAUUCUCAAAGACUUCUGCAAUGCCAACCCGAGUUCCACCAGUAUCGUUCGCGCAUCUUGAAAGUCUACGCGACGAGGACGCGACUCCAACGCCUCAUUCCCCAAAAUAUCUUGAGACCCAAUCCUGGCAAACCAAGCAGGAUGUAACAACAAAGAGUUCGACGGAUCAAGAUGAUCUUCAAGUCUCAAAGACGCGCGCCACCAAAGCUUUCAAACUCAACCCGUUGUGCGCGCCAUUGGUGGUCAGCGAGACUGCAAAGCGACAGGUCGUGGUCUAACCGAUCAAAUAAUAAACACCAACAUCACACGCAUGUACAUAUCACGGCGGUGACCCAUGCCUUUUCUCUUUGAGGUAGGGUGGGCAACCUCACAUUUUAAUGACGGGACGACCUUGAUAUCAAUUUCAUACAAAGACCGUGAAAGGGGGUGGAAGGAGGGGCGUGAAGAGGCGUUAUGGCAUGCAAUGGGGAUUGGGAACAUUGCAGCGUCAUCAAUCGAUUACAGUCCAUUGCCAUGCUUUUGUGUGGCAAAAGUGAUACCACGAUACAUCGAGGGAGUUUGCUUUGCGUCUUGUUGAGCAUUUAGACCCGACCGAGGGAAGAACAAUGUUUUCACACCUUGUGCCUUUUGGGUGGAAGGGUGGAUGAACACCUCUAGGUCGAUAUUUUGUUUCAAUUACGGAGUACUAGUACUUGGCUACCAGGUAUACUUGAAGUACUGGCCUUGCCAGCAAGCUGACAAAGGUAGUUCUUAUAUACCUAGGUAGUUGGUGAAGUAGCAAUGAUGAAUGAAUAGAAGUGGUUGUCUUGAUAUGAUCUUGAAAAGAAAUGUAUUCUCUAGGUAGUCUAGUGAAUCGGAUUGAAAAGAGA